CAUGUUCCGUAUUCAAUGACACCGAGCAAAACAAACACUCUGACUAUAACUCCCAAACCCUAAGGCGCCAACUCACCCACCCUUCCUCCCUCAGAUCUCUCACUCUCUCUUCCCCCCCACGCCGCACUUCCCGGCAAUGUGAUUCCAGCCGAAACUCUAAUCCGCAUUGCCCCUCCGAUGGCCUCCGCUUGCGUCAACAACAUCGGCAUGUCGCCGGAGAAUUUCGCGCCGGCGACCUACCCCUCCUACGGCUGGCUCAGCCCGAGAGUCUCCUUCAGCUGCGAUAACACCGGCGAUGGUGGCCGGCUUCCCGGAGCUAAGUCCUCUUCUGCGGCGAAGAAUCAACCGGAAGGUCCAGAUCCGGAGCUUUCUGGAGGAGAGUUCGAGUUCCGGCUGGAAGAUCCGGUCGCCAUGCUGACCGCCGAUGAGCUCUUCUCCGGCGGGAAGCUCAUGCCGCUCCACAUCUUCUCCGUCAAACCUCCCGUCAACGAGCCCUCGUCUUCCGAGAUCAGAUCGCCGGAGACGACUAAGUACCGCCGGAGACAGGAGAUUUCUGUUUCUGACCCGUACGUGUUCUCUCCCAAAGCUCCGAGGUGCUCGAGCCGUUGGAGAGAGCUAUUGGGAUUGAAGAAGCUGUACCAGAAUUCCUCCAACGGUAACGGUAACGGCGGCGCGAAGGCCGAGGCCAGUCAGAAAACGACGUCGUGCAGCACCUCCGCAAACGCGGCGCCCAAAUCACUGAAGCACUUCCUUCACAGAAGCUCGAAAUCGUCGUCGUCGUCAUCCUCCGACGCCUCGCUGAGCUUGCCUCUGCUCAAAGACUCCGACUGCGAGUCCGUCUCCAUCUCCUCGCGCCUCUCGCUCUCGUCCUCGUCCUCGGGGCACGAGCACGACGACCUGCCCCGGCUCUCCCUCGAUUCGGACAAACCGAAUCCGAACCCGAACCCGAAUCCGAUGUUCUCCCUCCACCGCAAACCGGCGCGGGCCAAAACGGCCAUCAAGAUUCGAGAAAUCAAGCAGAGAGCGGCGGCGGCGGAUCAGGCGGCGAGGGUGGGAAGGAGCCCGAUGAGGAGGCCGGCGGCUACGGCUGAACCCGCCACCGUGGCGACCAGCAGAGGCGUCUCGGUGGAUAGCCCGAGAAUGAACUCGUCGGGGAAAAUAGUGUUCCAAAGCUUAGAGCGGAGCUCGAGCAGUCCAAGCAGCUUCAACGGUGGGCCCCGGCUGAAGCACAGAGGAAUGGAGCGGUCGUACUCAGCCAACGUCAGAGUGACUCCGGUUCUGAACGUCCCGGUCUGCUCCCUCCGGGGCUCCUCCAAAUCCGGGUUCGGAUUCGGGCAGCUAUUCUCUUCUCCUCAGAAACGAGACUCAAACGGCGCAGUUUCCGGGAAAGGCGGCCAGCACAGCCAUUACGUUCAACAGAGUCAGAGUCAUAACAACAAGAACCGGGCAGACCGUAACUGAAAUUCGGUAACCAAAAAAAAAAAAGAAAAAAAAAAACGUUUCUAACAUGAACGUCGUCGUUUUUUCCGGCUUCCGUUUUCCUCUUUCUCGUUAGCUUUAAUUUUUUUUUUUUUUUUGGUGUAAUGUAAAUAUGCGGCAAGAUUCUGAUAAUGUAGUUAUAUUUGUCCUUGUUUGGUUCCUCA